CGCGAUGAACGCCCUGACCGUUUCCACAACCUCGACGGUCACCCGAUGCGCGGCGAAGGCCGACGGCGUCGCGCGACGCCGCGUCCACCGCCCUCGCGCCCCCGUGACCCGCGCGCUCCAUCGCGCGGGACGUCACGACGCACUCGGCACCGAUGACGUCGCGCUUCCUUCGGCGCUCUCCCGCCGCGCCGCGUUGCUCGCGGCGGGUUCCGUCGCGCUGACGCCCCUCUCCGCCGCGAGCGCGGAGGACGCGGAGGACGCGGAGGACGCGGACCCCCCGCCCCCUCAGCUCACGCCCGAGGAGCGGGCCGCCCUCGACAAGGUGGACGCCGCGGUGCGAAGCGCGUCGGAAGAUUCCGUCAGGCUGGCGUCCGCUUCCGCGCCCAACCAGUACCUCCCAACGCCGCAGGGGUUCUCGCUGCCCUUACCCCCGGACCCGGUGAGGUUCCCACGCGCCCCGAUCGACAUCAAGCUCGCCGUGCUCCUCCUGCGAUCCACGUACGAGACGGUCGACGCGCUGGACAUGAUGGCCAUGGACACGUUUCAGAUCAACUUUUGGAAAUCGCGUCAGAGCGAGUGGGAGCCGUACACACAGCAGUACUCCCCGCUCAAGAUCGAGCAAGGGAAGCUGACGGACCCGCUGUACUUCGACUUCAUCUCGUACACGCAGUUCAAGGUUGUGGCGAAAGAGAUCCCGAAGUCGCAGAGCGUGUUCGAGGAGCGGUCCGGCGCCGAGGGAACGACCAAGGUGAUUCGCCGCGACGCAAACUUGUCGGACAAUAAGCUCCUCCCCGCGGUGUUGGCGCAGCGUCUGGGGGACACUGUGUACGCCAGGAUGCGGUACGGGUUCGAGGGCACGCAAUUCGACGUUCCGGAACCCGCGUUCGGGGGUGACGUGGACGAGGCGGCGUUAGGUAUGCGAAAGUUGGUGAACGCGUUUGUCCGGAAAGGGUACGCGCUCAAGUCGAGCGUGGAGGUUGUGAAGAACGGCGUCGGCGACGCGCAGAGGGUGGUGACCAUCAAACUGGACGGACCCGCGACGCUGUGGAGCGCACAGGCGCUCGCGGCGAGGGGGAUCAACCCCACAAACGAGUACCUCGGGUACGCGUUGACGGGGUACCUUCGGCUGAGCGGCGUCCCGAGUUCGUACUCGGCGAGAGUCAACGACACGUCGCUCGAGCUCGAGUUCGUCGUCGGGUGAUGUGAUGGAUAUCUCACGGGGGUUGGCGUUGUUGUUGGAGGUGGGGUCGAUUCGAUAGAAGUCGAUUCAUGUCGUCUCUCGGUUCAUCGUUGCAUUUCAACGUAGUGCUAAGCGG